AUGGCGUCCAGAGCCGAGAUGGACUACCUGGGGGCCGAAAGGGAGAUCUGCAGGCCCGCCCCGGCCAACCAAAAUUGCCCUUACGAUCCGCGGGACCAGGCAAAGACUGUUGGAGUCAUGGAGCAAAUUUCUGAGGCCCCAAAGCUGGACGACUUCACGGCGCUCAGCGAGCACCAACAGCAGACGCCAGGAUCUUUCUUUGGCGGAAAGCCAGUGCUGCACCUCCACGCGCCAGCCGCAACGAUCAAAGUGCCUGUAGAGCAAUAUGAAGCGCAAGCAGACCUCAAGCAUCUCGUAGGCAGCACCGCGCCGGUGCCAUCUGAUGGCAGUCUCAAUAUACAAGGCGUCGAUGUGUGGGUGACUUCAAGACAUCUCCUUCUCUACAGUCCACCGGCCUCUUCAGGACUUCAAAUUUCCUACCCGGCAAUCACAAUCACCGCCCAAGACGGCGCAGACGUGCUGCUCGAGCUCAAUCUCUCAGACGCAGACACGGCCGACGAAGACAUUCAAUACAUCCAACUACGAAUCUUCGCGACGAGAAUCGAACACCAUGCGACCACUACUGCAGAGACGGAAACACAAUCAGGCGCGAAUGGGACCACGAGUGACAACGAUACUGCAACCGCGCUGUGGAAGGCAAUAUCAGAAUGUCAAGAGCUGAACCCGGAUUCUGUCGCGAAUGGCGAAGAAGGUGAAGAUGGAGGGAUGGAGUUCGAUGAGACAGCACCAGGAGCCACGGGCUGGAUUACCAGCGAGAACAUGGCAGACUUCAUGGACGAGAACGGCAAUUUCCGUAUGCCUGCCGGCAUGACUGUCAUUGGUGGUGAAGAGGAGCAGCGAGAGCCUCUCGGGGAAGGCGCAGGUCGAUCGAGAACAGCCGCUGAGCUUGAUGCUGAAGAAGUGGCAGCGCACUGGAUGAACACGCACUGA